AUGAAGUACUGUGUAAAGAUGGGUAAUACACUCUCCACCCCAUUUGGAUCUGACAUCAGCAUUCUCACUGGUGAUGGGACAUCCCCAAGCAUCUGGGACUUCUUUGGGUCUGACUUCCACCCUCAGCCCCAUCCAGAUGAUGUUUAUUUUUGA